GCGAGGAUGGCGGGGCGGCCAUUCCCCUCUUAACCCCGUUUGUUCCCUCAUCUCCUGGACAUCUCUCAUCUCUCUUCUCUCCAACCCCAACCCCAACCCCAGAUCCAAAUCCAAAUUCACCAUGGCCUCCCCCACCGUCAAGCUGAACAGCGGCUACGACAUGCCCCUCGUGGGCUUCGGGCUCUGGAAGGUGAACAACGACACCUGCGCGGACCAGGUCUACCACGCCAUCAAGGAGGGAUACCGUCUAUUCGACGGAGCAUGCGACUACGGCAACGAAGUCGAGGCCGGCCAAGGCAUUGCGCGGGCCAUCAAAGACGGCCUGGUCCAACGCUCCGACCUCUUCAUCGUCAGCAAACUGUGGAACAGCUUCCACGACGGGCCCCAAGUCGAACCCAUCUGCCGCAAACAGCUCGCCGACUGGGGCAUCGACUACUUCGACCUCUACAUCGUACACUUCCCGAUCGCACUCAAAUACGUCGACCCCGCGAUCCGCUACCCGCCGGGGUGGAAAUCCGCGUCCGACGAACUCGAAUUCAGCCCCGCCAGCAUCCAAGAAACCUGGACGGCGAUGGAGUCGCUCGUCGACAAGGGCCUCGCGCGCAGCAUCGGCAUCAGCAACUUCAGCGCCCAGCUGGUCAUGGAUCUGCUGCGGUACGCGCGCAUCCGGCCCGCGACGCUGCAGAUCGAACACCAUCCGUACCUGACGCAGACGCGCCUGGUGGACUUUGCGCAGAAGCAGGGCCUGACGGUCACGGCGUAUAGCAGUUUCGGGCCCCUGAGCUUUUUGGAGCUCGACGUGAGGGAUGCGGUGAGUACGCCGCCGUUGUUUGAGCAUGAGGUUGUCAGGAAGGUGGCGCAGAGGUGUGGGAGGACUCCCGCGCAGGUUCUGUUGCGCUGGGCUACGCAGAGGGGCGUGGCGGUUAUUCCCAAGAGCAAUGAUCCGCAGCGUUUGAGGCAGAAUUUGGAUGUCACGGGGUGGGAUCUGGAGGAGGGGGAGGUGCAGGCUAUUGCGGCGUUGGAUCAGGGGUUGAGGUUUAAUGAUCCGAUUGGGUAUGGGCUGGAUAUUCCUAUCUUUUAGAUUGUGGGUGAGGGUAUAUACAUAUGAUUUGAA